AUGGCCUCAACAUACGGUGAUGUGCGGCAUCUGCUGCCUGGUAAUUAUAAGCGCCUUAUUGCCGAUUGGCUAGAGGAGGACUGUCCUAGUUUGGACUAUGGUGGUUUUGUCGUCGGCGAAUCAGAGGGUGAGGCUCGGUUAUUGGGAAAGAGCAAGGGUAUCAUUGCAGGCGCUCCCUUCGUCGAUGAGGUCUUCUCGCAACUUGGAUGCACCAUUGAAUGGCACAUCAAAGAAGGCGAAUCCCUCAACCUCAACCCCGUACAGCACUGCGCCACCGUCCGUGGCCCAAUCCGCAAGAUCCUCCUCGGUGAGCGCGUCGCUCUCAACAUCCUCGCCCGCUGCUCUGGUAUCGCCACCAAAAGCGCUUCCAUGCUCGCCGCCCUACGCGCCCAGGGCUGGCAAGGAAUUCUCGCUGGAACCAGGAAGACGACACCUGGGUUCCGCGUGGUGGAGAAAUACGGUAUUCUGAUCGGUGGUGCGGACCCCCACCGCCACGAUCUGAGCCAUAUGACCAUGCUCAAGGAUAAUCAUGUCUGGGCGUGCGCGAACAACCGCGCUGCGGCAGAUGGAGGUGUUGCGAAUCCAAAGGAUAUUGUGUCGAUUGCGGCGGCUAUUCCGAGGGCGGUGCAGGCUGCCAAGGCGGCUGGUGGGUUUGCGACUAAGGUGGAGGUUGAGUGUCGGAGUGUGGAGGAGGCGAAUGCAGCGAUUGGCGCUGGGGCGGAUAUCAUCAUGUUGGAUAAUUUCACUGCAGAGGGGGUGCGAGAGGCCGCGCGACAGCUGAAGCAGGAGUGGGCUGGGAAGCAGCGUUCGUUCUUGAUCGAGGUCAGUGGUGGCUUGACCGAGGAGAAUGCUGCGGCGUACACAUGUCCCGAUGUGGACAUCCUGUCCACCAGCUCGAUUCAUCAAGGUACCAGCAUCGUCGACUUCUCCCUCAAAGUCUCGCUGCGGUAG